GACCUUGCGGGGGAGCUGUGCCCUUCCGGGGGAUGGGGCCUCCUCACGGAGGAGAGACUGAAGCCCAGCGGGGGCCGGUAGGGUGGUGUUUGUACUGAGUGGCCUGGUAUCGAGCGAGCAGUGUGUGGGACCUCCCCCCCCCGACACCCCAACAGCCACAGGUUGGUCAGAGAGGAGCCCUUAAUCCCUGGCAGACCUUGGGCGCCCGGCUCUGAUGUGCACCCCUCAGCCUGCCGCCCCCGCACCCUGCCUUCCUGGGUGGCCGCUCAGCCAAGGCCACAGCUGCCUGCCCACCUGCGGGGCCUCGGUGCUGCCUGGAGGCUGCCUCCACUGCUGGAGUGCACACUCCAGCACCCGUCCAGCAUGCCGGGUGCCACGCUCCUGCUGCUGGCCCUGCUCCCUGGGGUCGCCUCCUCCCCCAGCGGGCCGCUUGCGCCCCCAUUCCCCGCGGGGCCUGGGCCCUGGCUGCGCCAACCCCUUUUCAGUCUGGAGCUGUCGGACGCGGAGGACGCCUUCCCGCGCCGCGCGGGGCCGCUCGAGGUCCCGGCCGACAGUCGCGUGUUCGUGCAGGCGGCCCUGGCCCGUCCCUCUCCGCGCUGGGGCCUGGUCCUGCACCGCUGCUCGAUGACACCGUCCUCGCGCCCGGCCCCGGGGCCCGCCCUGGCACUGCUGCGCGGGGGCUGCCCCGCCGACUCCUCCGUCGUCCUCCCGCCACCGCCGGCGCGCCCGGGUGCUGCCGGUCCCGUACGCUUCAGCUUCCGCCUGCGCCCCGUCUUCAACGCCUCUGUGCAGUUUUUGCACUGCCAGCUGAGCCGCUGCCGCCGCCUCCGGGGAGCCCGCCGGACACCUGCGCCUCUGACGCUGCCGCCGCCAUCGCUGUGUCUGCCUCAGGAUGAGGCGUGCACGGGCGCCGGCAGCGGCAGUGGCGAGAACCUGGGUGCCGACGGUCCCCAUCUGCACACGCUGACGCAGCCCAUCGUGGUCACAGUGCCGCGGCCACCCCCCGGGCCACCCAAGGGCGUCCCCGGCAGAGCCAUGCGCCCCGAGCCUCCCGCCCCCGCACCUGCGGCCCUGGAGCCCGCGCCCGUGGUGGCGCUGGUGUUGGCUGCCUUCGUGCUGGGCGCUGCGCUGGCCGCCGGGCUCGGCCUCAUCUGUGCGCAUUCAGGUACCAACCUCGGCCCACCGGGACUUCCGCACGGCCCCCAGCCUAUUCCCGCGGGUCGGAACCCCAGGUCGCCGCCACCCAGCCGGUGGGGCACGACCAUCCCUAGACCUGCCUGCGCUACGCCCACAGCAGCCGCCAGGGGGCGCCCUUGCCCCGACUCAAUGCGCCGCAACCCCGACUGCUCCGCAGCCUGCCUCUCCUUUCCAGCACCCCCGAACCCCGGUCCCGCCCCGAGAGACUCGCCCAGCGGCCCCCAGCCCAGGAGGCCCCAAUAAGGCAGACUAACGGAGGCGGCCAAAGAUCCACUGGGAAGGGGGCGGCCUGCAUGGUGUCCCUCUGCUUCGCUCAGUCUGGGUAGCCCCUCCCCAGGGAUGGCACACCCCCAGCACUGUCCGGAGACACAACAGCCAUGGCCUUGAACCAGGCCCGCCAGGACUGGAUCAGCCGCGGUCGACCUCAGACCCAGCGGGACCACUGUCUCUGCCUCCUGAACCCUCCUGUCCCUGACCCGCUCCUCCUGGCACCUUCCCACUUGGGCUCAAAAUAAACACCUGGUCUGACCUACUGA